UUAUUAAGAACUUAAUUUUUGGCGGAUUAACGAGUUGCAUACUUUUGGUUUUGCUGUGUUGUGACGUUAUGUUCUUCUUGAUAAAAUGUUACACAAGUUUCAAGUAUGGCUUUUACAUGAACUGGUUUAUGCACGACAAAAUUGAGACAAUCCAAAUUUCAGUUACUUUAUUUAACAUAACAAACGCUGACCGAUUUAUAUCAGGCAAAGAUUAUAAGCUUAAAAUGGAAGAGGUUGGACCUUUUACGUACCAAGAAACUCGUCUCAACGAAGAUGUGGAGAUAGAUUUAGAAAAAGAACGAAUGUAUUACACGCCCCAAUAUGUGUUAGAUUUCUUACCAGAAAAAUCUAUUGGCAAUCCUAAGGAUUUUAACAUCGUCUUGCCAAAUAUAGUUAUGGCGGGACUCACAUCUAAACUAACAGCCUUCCCGUUCUUGACUAAAAUCGCGUACAAUAUGCUUACUACGAGGUUCAAAUUUAAGCCCCUUUUGAAUAUUGACGCACAUUCUUUCAUUUGGGGAUAUAAUGAGACUCUUCUGUCUGCAAUUCACGAUAUCAUACCAGGAUAUAUUACAUAUGAUAAGGUUGGACUGUUACACACGUUCUUGGAUAACGACACCAGAGUAAGGGUAGAAGUGUCCAUCAAAGAUGAAGAAAAAUUUAUGGUGAAGAGUUGGAACGGGUAUAGUAAGCUCAAGAUGGGAGAAAUUGACCCUGAAUCAUGUGAAAAGUGCAACACCCUUGAAGACACUUAUGAUGGUAUAGGAUACCCACCAGGUCGAACCAAAGACUUCCGUAUCAAACUCAUUCGAAAAGGCCUGUGCAGAACUGUAGACAUGGAAUACAACAGCACCAAAACAAUGUAUUAUGGUGGAGAAGCCAUGGUAUACCAAUUCCGUAAAAACUACUUUGGCAUAGAUCCUAACAAAACUUAUGAUGGUCUUCAUGAUAUGUCGGAUUGUUAUCACGGUCUUCCUGUAACUGUCAGUUAUCCACAUUUCUUGGACGUCGACCCUAAAGUUUACGAACGAAUAGAAGGAAUGACUCCUAAUGAGAAUGUUAGAGGUCAUAUAACUAUUGAACCUCAAGUGGCACUGGAGGUGGAAACGAAGUCCAUGUUGCAGGUAAACUUAGCGCUAAGCGAUGUUAGCUACAAUCCACAAAUGCGACCUUUCGCGAAUAUGACGCUGCCUACCUCCUACGUGCAUAUUGUUCAAAAUCCCCUACCGAAAGGAACGGAAUUCUGUUUAAUUGUUAUGUACAAAGUCAUUCCGUACGUGACGCCAGUGACUGAGAUUUUGCUCUUUGUAUUGAUGAUUUACUACUGGCUGAGUUUCUGUAUAGCUCUGUAUCGCAGAUGUCGUCCGCCAACAAUUACAGUUUCCAUUUUACCUCAUCUAGACACAAAAGUUGGAAUACCACUAUUAAAAUAA